UGGAACGAACGAUCCAGAAGCCACCACCACCAUUGUCGUGAGGUGAUCGGAGCCGGAGCAACCACCCCGAGGAGGAAGGAGAAGCGGCGAGGCGAGGAGAAGGAUGGGGAAGGUGCCGGUGCGCAUGAAGGCGGUGGUGUACGCGCUGUCGCCGUUCCAGCAGCAGGUCAUGCCGGGGCUGUGGAAGGACAUCACCACCAAGAUCCACCACAAGGUGUCGGAGAACUGGAUCUCCGCCACGCUCCUCCUCACCCCCGUCAUCGGCACCUACCAAUAUGCGAUGUACUACAAGGAGCAGGAGAAGCUGUCCCACAGAUACUAAAUGUGAAGAGUUUUGUUGAAUGUUGCAGCAGUUGGAAUUUCCAUGUUCUAUAAUACACCAAGAAUGAUUUGACAUUUUUGGAUCACUUCUAGUUGUACUCUUUUCCUCUCUCAAUCCGUAUGCAGUAAGUGUGACCUGCAAACUUAUUUUGAGGCCUCAAAUGUUGGUGUUAUCUGUCACUGGAGUGAUUGUUAAAUAAACCAAGUUAACUGCUCA